AUGAGCACAGUAGAAGGGAUGGAAACAACAGCGAGCAGAUACCUGAGGAGAUGGCUGGGGAUACCACGAAGUUUCAGCAGCAUUGGAUUAUAUAGCUCUGGGACUAAGCUACAGUUAACUCUAAAGUCAAUAACUGAGGAAUUCAAGGUGACAAAGGUGCGUCAACACUUAAUGUUACAGAAUAGCAAAGACGAGAAGGUUCGGACAGCAAAAGUAGAUAUCAGGACGGGGAGAAAGUGGUCAGUAAAAGAAACUAUACAAGAAGCAGACUCCCGCUUGAGACACAGUGACAUUGUGGGAAGACUGGCAAUAGGAAGGCAGGGACUUGAUGUCACACCAACAGCAAGAUGGGGUACAGCUUCGGAAGAAGAGAAGCGUUGUUUGGUGCAGAGAGAGGUGCUUGCAAUGGAGGAAGAUUCAAGAAUGGUCAAAGCAGUUGGAAUGAAGAAACAAGGUAGCUGGGUGAACUGGGAAAACGCACGCCAAGGGAAGUUGGGAUGGAAUGAUAUUUGGAAGAUGGAACCAUUCAGACUUCAGUUUAAGCUGAAAUCAGUUUAUGAUGUUCUUCCCAGCCCAACUAACCUGGUAACAUGGGGAGUGACAGAUGAUCCAAAAGUCCUAGCCAGUAUAGCUGACACCUUGGAGAAAGGUAUUAAAAAGCCAAAGAAGAACACAGAGAGCCUGAGAUUUGUCAACUUUGUGAAAGAAGGUGAAAAGGGACAUAAAGUUAGUGUUGAAGGAAGUGGUCUGCUGGGGACAGCAACAGAUUGGCAGAUGCAGGCAGACCUCAAGGAAAGAUUAGUUUUUCCAUCUGAAAUAACAGCCACAAACAAGAGGCCGGAUGUAGUCCUUUGGUCAAUGGCUACAAGACAGACAAUUAUUUUGUUAACAGUGCCAUGGGAAGAUAGGAUGGAGGAUACUUACGAAAGGAAAAAUCCUAAGUAUCAAGACCUACUGAAAGAUUGUCCGCAGACCGGAUGGAAGGUCUGGUUUUUUGCAGUGGAAGUGGGUUGUAGAGGAUUCGUGGGACAGUCUAUGUGGAGAGCACUGAGAGCCAUUGGCAUAACUGGAGCAGAGAGAAGGAGACUGAUAGGGAGUUUGUGCAGGGAGGCGGAAUCAGCGUCCAUGUGGUUGUGGAGAAGAAGAAGAGCGGAUAAGUGGAAAGACAAUAAACAUUAG